AAGCAACACCACAUACACCAGGGCCCACCCACACAACUCGGAACCCCGGGUGCCGGAGAUCUGGACAUAAGGUUCCUUACCUCUUAAGACCCCCCGGGCUAAGCCCAAAUCUCCGGAACCGCCCUCACAUUCUGCCAGCGAGUUUGACGGACCACCAAUCGCACCUGCAAACUCGUAUUCCGUAAUUAAUCAUGGUAUCAUCGGAGCAAUCACUCACCUGUACGCGCUGUUCCAGGCGCUUCACUCAGAGGUCAUCGUUGGUGAGGCAUCGAAAGCGGUGCGUUGGGGGCGUCAGAGCGCCGUCUAGGCAAAAGGCAUGCCGCCAAUGCACAAGUGCGAAGGUGCGGUGCGACCUGCAGCAUCCAACCUGCGGUCGGUGUCUGGCGAGGUCCUUUCAUGGGUGCGAGUAUGCGCCGAGGAACGCUUCGGCCGUGGCGCCGCCUCCAGCACCCCUGCCAUUACCAACGGCCACCAAUGAUGAAUUCUCCCGUGAAGACGACGACGGGCAAGCUGACACUGUGUCCUCUCUCACGGCACCUGUAUGGGACGAAGGCGACCGGUCAACUCGUGCCGCCACUGACGACAACACCCCGCUGUCGGCCCCGGACACCGACUCCCACGUAGAAACCCUUCUUUCCCACAUACCGGAGGGAAUCCCGCCCGAGCUGGUAGUUUCCCAGGAGCGGCGCCAGAUCCUGCUCGGCAAGGCACCCGGUACUCCGAACCACGAUCUUGUCGUGCGCCACACAAUGCACUUCACUAUCCGCGUGCUGAGAUCGUGGCCACGGAUGAUGGCUGCCCACCACACUGCUCAGCUCCCGCCUCCGAUCCACAGGCUCCAACUUGUGGAUGGCGUUCCGACUCCGCUGGCAAAUUGUUACGCUUUGACCAAGAUGUGGAGUGAACAUACGGACGGGAGUCGUGAGCUGGUGAAGAACACCAUCCUCCACGAGAUAGAGCGGUUGCUCGGCGAGUAUACCACGUACAACGAAGCCGAUCUCCUCGCCGCCGCCCAAUCCCUCCUCAUAAUGCUCAUCAUGCUCCUAUUCGGCAUGCCAGGGCCAUCCGCCGGUAGCAGCAGCAACAGCAACGGCGCACUCACCCACCCAGCCGACGCCCGACUCCUCAUCCGCAUGUGGGACGUCAAAGCGCACCUCUCCCGCACGGGACUCCUCCUGGACCAAGAGGCGUCGCACACCGUCCCGCCCUCGUGGCGGCAAUGGGCCGCGGUGGCCGCCAAGCGCAAGACGAUCCACUCGUUCCACCACGUCGAGUGGGCGUGGUCGCUGCUGCACGGCUACCCCGUGCUGACCUGCUUCGAGCUGGCCCCGCUGCCGGCGCCCCCGCCACGCUACCUCUGGCAGGAGGCGGAGGAUGAGGCGCGCUGGCGGGGGUUGUAUGGGGAUUGGUUGGCGCUGUGGAAGGGCGGGUUCUAUAGGAUGAUGGAGUUCUUUCAUAUUAAUCCUGGGGGGGUGUUAGAUGCGAGGAGUGAGUUGUGGCUGGCGGAGGCGGAUGAGUUUGGGAUGAUGGUUAUGGCUGAAGUGAAUGCUGUUGGCGGGCCCUGAGACUCUUUUCGGUUGGGAACUAGCUGGUGACCUACGGGAACAUGAUCAUACAAAAUUACAUCCUCGCGGACAGAUCUUUCGAAAAC